CCCAUAUACCCACUCGGAGCCUGUGUGGCAGUGUGUCAGUCGUGGGGAGAGAGAGGAACCGUGCAAACACACACACACACACACACACACCGACACUCAUCAGGUGUGGACGCAGGCACCUCUUCAGACACCCUACAGACUCUCACAGCCUCCAACAUGUCGAUGCACAGUCUGAUGACGAUGCGGGAGAGGAAACUCCAGGCUGCCGCCAUCUGUAGAGAGAUACAGGGGCCCGAUGAGUCGGACAUGGACCUGGGCAGAAAAGUGAGUGCUCCUAAGGAGAUCAUGCUGGAGGAACUCUCUCUGGCCUCCAACCGCGGCUCACGCCUCUUCAAGAUGCGCCAGAAACGCUCGGAGAAGUACACCUAUGAGAGCAUUCAGAACCAGCAGAACACACACGUCAACAAUGGAGUGACCCCAGAAGCAGCUGAAGUGGAGGAGAGUGCUGAGGAGCAGGACGUUGGUGACCAUGGCGACCACACCUCCUCCGACCCCGUGACCUCCUCCGACCCCGACAUCAUUGCCCCAGGUUACGGUGGUCCCCUGAAAGACGUCCCAACUGAGCGUUUCAACAUCACAUCCAUCCCUCGCUCCUACCACUCGCCAUGGCAACAAGCACUUAGCAGCGACCCUGCUCUGGCCGAGACGUUCCUCCCCCUCAUCCCCGACCCUGAACCCAAGGCAGAGACACCCAGCUUUAAGAGCUUCAACCGUGUUGCCAUACCGUUUGGGGGUUUUGACCGCGCUGCCAAGCUGCCCGUCCCUGUGCCCAAAAGCGGUGUGUCGAGCGGUGGCAUGAGCCCUGUGCCCCCCGUGGUGCCCGCAGUGCCCGCGGAGACCAUCACCCUGCGGCCCACCUUCAACCGCACCGCGCUGGGCUGGAUCUCCGACGGAGAGCCACUGGUGCUGCCCAGAGUUUCUCUGGACAUCGAGGACGCCGCCGCUCCCCCGUUCGACAUCCCCGAGUCCGACGACCUCUAAGGCCCUCGCACACACCGAGAGUGUGUGUGCCUGCUCCUGUCUCUCAAGGGUGCAGUGACCUCUGCCAGCCACCAGGUGGCAGUGUGUUGCGCCCCUGCGCCCCAGCUGACGCAUGCUAAAGGUAGCCCUCCGCAGGGCUAGCCUGAGCACUGGCCUGGGCGCUGCCGCGCGUGAGCUUCCUGUACAUAGAUGUGUGUGAAGACCAGCACUUUCUGUGUCCAACACUUGAAUUGAUUGUUUUCUAAGCCCAAAUUAAACGCCAAGCCAGA